GUGGUGUAUAACAGCGGCCCCGUGGAUGAUAUGGAGUGGGAGAACUUUGACCAGGUCAGAGCGCGCCUCUCGGCCGAGUGGGGCGCGCUGCCGCCGACGGCUGACGUCAUCAGCGCCUCGCUGCGCGCCAAGAUGGCGCGAGUGGGCGCUGAGCUGCGAGGUGAGGCGGCCGCGUGA